CGCAGCAAGCUAUUUUUAGCCAUAGAGGGACCACUGCGAUUGAGUACGCAAAAGUUCUUCUUAAACCUUGGGAUUCCAAUAUGUGACGUUCUCGACUCACCAUAUCUCUCUGGUAUGUAGGUUACUAUAAAUAAGUAUCUGUUAUGUACUCGGUACAAUAUCUGUCUGUUACGUACCCAGUACAAUAUCUGUCUGUUAUGUACCCAGUACAAGAUCUGUCUGCUAUGUACCCGAUACAAGAUAUAUUUUUUAUUUAUCCGAUACAAUAUCUGUCUGGUGUAUGGGCUACUAUCUAAUAUUACUAUGUACCAUAUAUAUCUGUUAUGUAUCAUAUUUGUCUGGUAUGUAGGCUACUAUAUAUGUCUGCUUUGUACAAUAUAUGUUAUGUACCAUAUAUGUCUGUUAUGUACCAUAUAUGUCUGCUAUGUGGGCUACUAUAUAUAUAUAUAUAUAUAUAUAUAUAUAUAUAUGUAUAUGUAUGUAUGUAUGUAUGUAUGGCAUCUUUCCAUCUGCGGGUGAUGAUAGAUUAUCUUUAUUGCUUGCAGCUCUUGGUGUGGCUGGUGAGACCAAUCCUCGAAUGGCAGUCUCUGUUACAUUUCCCACACAUGAAUGCGGUGGAGCAGUAUUUACCGGCCUUCCUCCUUGCUUUUUUUUGCAGCUGUUUCCGCCCUGUUUUGCUCCUCGGCAUGUAGUGAUCCUGCCUUCACGACGCCCCACCAUGAGGAUCGAUCAUCUGCCAGCUCCUCCCAGUUUGAGAUGUUGAUGUUGGCCGACUUCAUGUCUCUUUUGCAUAUGUCUAAGUAUCGCAGACGAGGCCGUCCAACUGACCUUUUUCCUGUCGCCAGCUCGCUGUAUAGCAUGUCCUUUGGUAUGCGACCCGGUUGCAUUCGCUUGAUGUGUCCAAGCCAGCGGAGGCGUCUUUGGAUUAACAUGGCUGGGACGCUACACAUGUUUGUUUGGGACAGGACAUCCGUGUUGGGGACUUUGUCUUGCCAUUUAAUGUCAAGGAUGCGGCGCAGGCAUCUGAGGUGGAAGCCAUUGAGCCUUCUUUCGUGGUUAGAGUAUGUGGUCCACGACUCGCAUCCAUACAGGAGUGUGCUCAGUACGCAGGCCUGGUACGCCUGCAGCUUAGUUCUUGUUGUGAGUUUGACGUUUGACCAGACUCUUUUCUUCAGUCUGGCCAUAACAGUUGCGGCCUUCCCUAUCUUCCCACUUAUCUCAUCUUCCAUUGUGAGGGUGCUCGAUAUGUUGGAUCCCAGAUAUGUGAAUCUGUCAACAGUAUCCAAGUCACAGUUGUCGAUGGUUAUAUUGGGGAGGGAGUCAGCGCCCUGUGUCAUAAUGUUAGUUUUCUUUAGGCUAAUUAUCAGGCCAAACUCUUUGCAGGCAGCGGAUAGGCUGGAUACGAGGCUCUGCAGGCCGUCUGCUGUGUGAGAUACCAAAGAUCCUCAAAAAGAUAGGCUGCCCUGCACGACUGCUUAACAUCAUCAAGCAGCUCCACGAAAACAUGCAGGGGACAGUGUGCUAUAACGGUGCCGCCUCAGAAGCUUUUCCAGUGGGUAGUGGAAUAAAGCAAGGUUGCGUGCUGGCUCCUACUUUAUUUGCAAUCUUUUUCUCCAUCCUACUCCAGUAUGCCUUUAAGAACAACAGCGAGGGGAUACACAUCCACACUAGAGCUGACGGCAAAUUAUUUAACAUUGCCCGCCUUCGAGCUAAGACUAAUACAAGAAAGGUCUUGCUGCGGGAGUUCUUGUUUGCGGACGAUAUUUAUAUUAAAUAUAUGUCUGCUAUGUACCAUAUAUGUCUGGUGUGUUGGCUAUUAAUUAUUUAUCUGUGAUGUACAUGUAACAUAAUAUAUGUCUGGUAUGUACCAUAUAUGUCUGAUAUGUACCAUAUAUGUCUGCUCUGUACCAUAUUCAUCUGAUAUGUACCAUAUAUAUCUGGUAUGUACCAUAAAUGUCUGGUAUGUACCAUAUCUCUCUGGUAUGUAGGCAACUACCGUAUUUUCCAGCGUAUUAGACAACUGGGCGUAGAAGACAAUCGCACUACUUUUCCUGUUUAAACAUAUAAGGUAUGGGCUAUACUCGCUGUGUAAGCUACCCCUUUUCCAAAGCACACCAAAUAAAAAAAAAAAAAACAGAUUUGAUGACAUGCAGGUACUUGGCAGGAAAACUGUCACUUAUAAACACAAGGCUGUUUGUCAUCAAACAUGUAAACAUUAAACAGUGCAAGUGGAUUAAACUUUUCCUAAUCCACUCUAAAGCUGAAAGGAAGGAUAAGACAUUAAACCCAUGGAUAGCUGCCAUGCUGUUUGUUGUCUAAGCUGUCAACCAAACUGGAACUAGACGGCGCCUGUCCCUGAAGUUUCAGCACGCUGUAUACCAGCUUAUAAGACGACCCCCGACUUUUGAAAAGAUUUUCAUGGGUUAAAAAUUCAUCUUACAAGCCGGAAAAUACGGUAUUUACUAAUCUAUGUAUAGGUAACAUAUGUCUGGUAUGUACCAUAUAUGUCUGGUAUGUACGAGGUCAAUAUUUCUAACCAUCACUUGCCCUUGCUAGAUCAAUAUUAUUAACCAUCACUUGGCAUUGCUAGAUCCAUAUUUCUAACCAUCCCUUGCCCUUGUAAGAUCCGUAAUUAUAAACAUCUCUUGCCCUUGCUAGAUCCAUAUUCCUAAACAUCUCUUGCCCUUGCUAGGUCCAUAUUCCUAACCAUCUCUUGCCCUUGCUAGGUCCAUAUUCCUAACCAUCACUUGCUAUUUCUAGGUCCACAUUUCUUACCAUCAGUUACUAUUAAAAUACCAUAUUUCUAACCAUGAAUUGCCAUUGCAAGGUCCACAUUGUAUCAACAAGCUCAAUGAUUACAAGCUUGGCUCUGCUGGCAAGGAACUGUCAGGAUUACAGUCAAGAAUUAGUACUCAGUUCCCUGAGAGUCAUUAUGGUGACAUUGUAGGUAUCUUUAGACUGGAUGUAUGCAAGUUAUAAACAUGCUUUGAUCGAGUAUAUGAUGGUAUAGGAUGGUUGAUGGUGUAGGAUGGUUGGUGGUAUAGGCCAGUUGAUGGUGUAGGAUGGUUGAUGGUGUAGGAUGGUUGAUGGUAUAGGAUGGUUGGUGGUAUAGGAUGGUUGAUGGUGUAGGAUGGUUGAUGGUAUAGGAUGGUUGGUGUUAUAGGAUGGUUGAUGGUGUAGGAUGGUUGAUGGUAUAGGAUGGUUGGUGUUAUAGGAUGGUUGAUGGUGUAGGAUGGUUGGUGGUAUAGGAUGGUUGGUGUUAUAGGAUGGUUGAUGGUGUAGGAUGGUUGAUGGUAUAGGAUGGUUGAUGGUGUAGGAUGGUUGAUGGUAUAGGAUGGUUGGUGUUAUAGGAUGGUUGAUGGUGUAGGAUGGUUGAUGGUGUAGGAUGGUUGAUGGUAUAGGAUGGUUGAUGUUAUGGGAUGGUUGGUGGUGUAGGAUGGUUGGUGCUAUUAACUAAGUCUUUCUUUGAAUGUAAUUUUGAAAUAUUUGCUCAAAUAUUGAGGAAAUAGAGAGAAUCAUAACUUGUUCAAAAGAUAUUUUCUAUAACUUGUUCAAAAGAUCUUCCCUAUAACUUGAUCAAAAGAUAUUUUCUAUAACUUGAUCAAAAGAUCUUCCCUAUAACUUGUUCAAAAGAUCUUCCCUAUAACUUGAUCAAAAGAUAUUUUAUAUAACUUGAUCAAAAGAUCUUCCCUAUAACUUGUUCAAAAGAUAUAUUCUAUAACGUGAUCAAAAGAUAUUUACUAUAACUUGAUCAAAAGAUCUUCCCUAUAACUUGUUCAAAAGAUAUAUUCUAUAACUUGUUCAAAAGAUCUUCCCUAUAACUUGUUCAAAAGAUCUUCCCUAUAACUUGAUCAAAAGAUAUUUUCUAUAACUUGAUCAAAAGAUCUUCCCUAUAACUUGUUCAAAAGAUCUUCCCUAUAACUUGAUCAAAAGAUAUUUUCUAUAACUUGUUCAAAAGAUCUUCCCUAUAACUUGAUCAAAAGAUAUUUUCUAUAACUUGAUCAAAAGAUCUUCCCUAUAACUUGUUCAAAAGAUCUUCCCUAUAACUUGAUCAAAAGAUAUUUUCUAUAACUUGUUCAAAAGAUCUUCCCUAUAACUUGAUCAAAAGAUAUUUUCUAUAACUUGAUCAAAAGAUCUUCCCUAUAACUUGUUCAAAAGAUAUUUUCUUUAACUUGAUCAAAAGAUCUUCCCUAUAACUUGAUCAAAAGAUAUUUUCUAUAACUUGAUCAAAAGAUCUUCCCUAUAACUUGUUCAAAAGAUAUAUUCUAUAACUUGUUCAAAAGAUCUUCCCUAUAACUUGUUUAAAAGAUCUUCCCUAUAACUUGAUCAAAAGAUAUUUUCUAUAACUUGGUCAAAAGAUCUUCUCUAUAGCUUGUUCAAAGGAUAUUUUCUAUAACUUGUUCAAAAGAUCUUCCCUCUAACUUGGUCAAAAGAUCUUCUCUAUAACUUGGUAAAGGAUAUCAGCUGCUGUAGACGUUAAUAAGGAAGAGACAACAAGGUGGGGGGUUUACUUCUGACUUUCAUUAAGGAUCAUACAUACAAGUUGACCUUAAUUGGAGAUCAUACAUACAAGUUUACUUUAAUUAGGGAUCAUACAUACAAGUUGACCUUAAUUAGAGAUCAUACAUACAAGUUUACUUUAAUUAGGGAUCAUACAUACAAGUUGAAUUUAAUUAGGGAUCAUACAUAUAAGUUGACUUUAAUUAGGGAUCAUACAUACAAGUUGACUUUCAUUAGGGAUCAUACAUACAAGUUGACUUUCAUUAGGGAUCAUACAUACAAGUUGACUUUCAUUAGGGAUCAUACAUACAAGUUGACUUUAAUUAGGGAUCAUACAUACAAGUUGACCUUAAUUAGGGAUCAUACAUACAAGUUGACUUUCAUUAGGGAUCAUACAUACAAGUUGACUUUCAUUAGGGAUCAUACAUACAAUUGGAGUUCAAUCUCAAAAUAUAAGAACAUUUCAUUAUUAUUUGUAUCUUUUUAAUUUUUAAUAACUUUGUAACCUUCUUGUAAAAUAAUAUGAAAAUAAUACGUCAAAUAUUAACCUGUAAAAUAUUUGUGGAACUUCAACGAAGGAGUGACUCUCUUUCUUUAUGUAUAUCCAGUUUCAUAUUUGGUGUUAUAAAGUGUAACAAUGGAAAUACUGUUUCUCAGAUGUAUGUCAAAGGCCGUCAUGUGUGCAUGGGACUGCUUCAUGCUGAGGACCCAAACAUGUUUGAGGAAGAUGAAGGCUACAUGUGUCCAGGGAUUCUGGUGGUCAAAGAUUCAAUGGGAUAUAUAUCGGUGACUAAAAACAUUGAAGGUACUUUAUCCUAGGUGGGCAACCUGUUUUCUCCCCAAAAUAUCCACCAUUGUUGCAUUAUCCACAUUUGUUGCAAAUAUCCAUAGCUGCUGCAAGUAUCUAGUUUUUGCUAAUAUCCACAGUUUUAACAAUAUCCACGUUUUUGCAAUUUCCACAGUUUCAAAUAUCCACACUAGUUGUGAAUAUCCAUAAUUGUAAAUAUCCACAAAUGUUACAAUACCCAAAUAUUUUUUGCAAUAUCCACAAUUGUGAAUACCCACAGUUUUUAUAUUAUCCGCAGUUGUUGCAAAUAUCCACAGUUGUUGCAGAUAUCCCCAAUUGGUGAAAAUAACCACAGUUGGUGCAGAUAUCCCCAGUUGGUACAAAUCCCCACAGUUGGUGCAGUUUUAACACUAGACACCAGAAAUAAAUCAUGAUGUCUUAUUACUAAAAUAAAAUGAAUAAAUCGGAUGUUUAUCAUAUUUUAUUGAAAUUGUCAUGCAAAAUGAACAAGUUGAAAUAUUGUGUUUCAUUUCUUGUACUCAAAGAACGCCUCAUCCCUUGCACUAAACUGACAGAGAAAAUGUUGAUCUUUAUUUUGAUUUGAUGAACUACUUUGUUUAGAAUGCUGAUUUACAUGGCCUGCAUUAGUGAACAUGUUCUUCACUGAGUCAGCAUUAGUGAACAUGUUCUUCACUGAGUCAGCAUUAGUGAACAUGUUCUUCACUGAGCCAGCAUUAGUGAACAUGUUUCUAUUUGAGGCUACAUUAGUGAACAUGUUCUUCACUGAGCCAGCAUUAGUGAACAUGUUUCUAUUUGAGGCUACAUUAGUGAACAUGUUUCUCUUUGAGCCUACAUUAGUGAACAUGUUUCUCUUUGAGCCUACAUUAGUGAACAUGUUUCUCUUUGAGCCUACAUUAGCGAACAUGUUUCUCUUUGAGCCUACAUUAGUGAACAUGUUUCUCUUUGAGCCUGCAUUAGUGAACAUGUUUCUCUUUGAGCCUACAUUAGUGAACAUGUUCCUCAUCGAGCCUGCAUUAAUGAACAUGUUUCUCUUUGAGCCUGCAUUAGUGUACAUGUUUCUCUUUGGGCCUACAUUAGCGAACAUGUUUCCAUUUGAUGUUAGCACAAUAUUGUAUGAAGAAUAACACGUGAGAUAAGCCGUACAAUAAUUGUCUAGACUUAAGACAACAGACAGAAGUGUUUACCCUUAGAUUAUAUUGACAUAAGCUUCUGACCUAGAUUUGGACAUUGUAACACUGGACAAUGGAUUUACAGUAUUGUUAAACUUUAGACAUCACUGAAAUGAGCUUCUGUCCUAGAUUUGGACAUUGUAACACUGGACAAUGGAUGUACAGUUUCCUGCGAAAGUGUGGAGACUACCUUAAAAAUAAGUCUGCCUAUAAUCAGUAACUGUAUGUUGAUUGGACACCAGAAGCCUUUCUUAGUCCUACUUGUAACACUCAAGGUGAGUUACAAGUUAACACACUGCUGGGUGGGGGUGAGUUGCUAGUUAACACACUGCUAGGUGGGGGUGAGUUACAAGUUAACUCACUGCUAGGUGGGGGUGAGUUACAAGUUAACACACUGCUAGGUGGGGGUGAGUUACAAGUUAACACACAGCUAGUUGGGGGUGAGUUACAAGUUAACACACUACUAGGUGGGGGUGAGUUAUUACCUUCAAUCAAGUAUUCCAUAUUAACAAGUUAACACCCAGCUCUAAGGACAAGAAACAUAUUUGCUGUGUCAUACUGAAUUAUUCCAUUUAAAAAGUUUCCAUGUGGACAAAGUUGGCUUUCUAUCCAAGUCUUCAUGUUUGAUGAUUUACAAAAUAAUUGGAUUCAAUUUUGAACUAGUUCUGUUUAAAAAAUUCAAUAACUUUCUCAUUAGAUCAUUAAAACAUAACAUGUUCUUUACCAAGCAAAUUUAUACAAAGAUCAAUGAUAGUAUCUCAAUGUUGUAUAUAUCAUCUUAAGUUUAUAUGAUAUUAUCUCAAUGUUAUAUAUUUGUCAGAAAUGACUGGGGCGGGGGUACAGGACAGAGCUCCAUUGUUGUUAAGGUAACUUAUAGGAUGGAAGGAAACUGCUGUUAAUGGGGUUAAGUUAAGGUUAAUAGACUCUGACAUCUUGAUAUAGUGGGGAUUGUUUCUUUGGAUAAUAGUAUGUUCGGGCCUUCCUGACUUGGCAAUGAUAACUUUUGGGUUAACAAUGGGAAAUUAGGGGGCAGGGGUUUGUUUAUAGAUAGCAUUCCUGGACCACCUAUGGGGGUAGAGAAUCACAUAUAAGAGGGAGCUUUCACUGAGUUAAGUGAGUUGAGGAAGAGGGAACAGAAGUACGAUUUAGUUGAGGAAGAGAGAGAAAAGAGCUACAAUAGAGUGGAGCAGUUGUUAGGGAAUAGUUGCUAGUGAUCGGGAGACGACAGAUGACUAGAAGAACUUAUAUCUUACAAAUAAACACACUUUCAUUAUCGUUAGACACCUGGAGUUUGAGUUGUUGGAUUUCGUCCAAGUCUACGUUGAGCUUUUGUCUGUCUCAACGCCUAGACACCCACCAUAUAAAUCACAGAGAGGAGCGGUUCUGUACUGACCACUACUUAGUCAACACAGUUCGUGAUAAGUCGGGACCGGAGCCCUCCUCCGUAACAACCAUUCUGUGACAUAUAUAUCAUCUUAAGUCCAUAUGAUAUUAUCUCAAUGUCAUAUAUAUCAUAUUAAGUCCAUAUGAUAUUAUCUCAAUGUUAUAUAUAUAUCAUCUUAGGUCCAUAUAUUAUUAUCUCAAUGUCAUAUAUAUCAUCUUAAGUCCAUAUGAUAUUAUCUCAGUGUUAUAUAUCAUCUUAGGUCCAUAUGAUAUUGUCUCAGUGUUAUAUAACAUCUUAGGUCCAUAUGAUAUUGUCUCAGUGAUAUAUAUCAUCUUAGGUCCAUAUGAUAUUGUCUCAGUAUUAUAUAUAUCAUCUUUGGUCCAUAUGAUACUGUCUCAGUAUUAUAUAUAUCAUCGUAGGUCCAUAUGAUAUUGUCUCAGUAUUAUAUAUAUCAUCUUGGGUCCAUAUGAUACUGUCUCAGUAUUAUAUAUAUCAUCUUAAGUCCAUAUGAUAUUGUCUCAGUAUUAUCUAUAUCAUCUUAGGUCCAUAUUGACAAAAGCUCUUUGAAGCCCACUAGCAGACUUACUAAGCCUGUGCAGCUGUGGCUACAGAAAUAUGACGUUGUAGCACUAAAGACAACUGACCUUAUUCAAAAUAAAUCUUCCAAUUUUUAUGAGGUAGGAAAUGUUAGGCUUUAACAAGGUAGGAUGAAGAAACAAAAAUGGUCUCAAAAUUUGUUUCUAGCUCAAUAAAUACAUUUUUAAAAAAAUAAUUAAAUCAUUCUCAACAUAUUUUUUCCUGAUUUAUAUUUAACGGAUAUGGUCAAUUAAGUUGUCAUUUAAGUGAAAUAGAUUACUUGAGUGGCAUUCACACAAUGGAAAUAAUUGUAUCUUACCAUAAUUGCGAAACUCUCUAUAUCAGGGCUGGCCAACCCAAAUAGUUGCUUUGUGAGUUUACUCUUCCAGGGACUCAUUUUAUUAUUUCUAAUAAUAAAAUAAACACAUAAAGGCUGUACACAAAUAUUUAUUGAUAUCUAAUUAAUAACAUAAUGAAAUCCAAAAUGUAAAAAACCAUUAUCUUUUCUUUCUCUUAACUUUUUUAAAACUAUAAAUUAAAAUGAAAUAUAACGCUGUUAUUUUUUUUUUUUAAUAUUGCAUGUGGUCCACGGAUUUGCAGGUUUGCACCCUCUCCUGCUUUAUACUGUAGACUGAAAAUACUCAUCGGUUUCUUAAAGAGCUUUACAAAGUAUAAACAUCUCAGAUUUAUUUUAGAGAAAAUCAUGAGAACAGUUAUUCAGUGAAUGAAUAAAUAUUUAUAUGGCACUUGUAUCCAUGCUACUUUAGCAUGCUCACAGCGCUCUGAUGUUCUUAAAUCUAUUUAAAUUUAAAUAAAAAAGACCUUAAUUCUUUCUUAAAUUAUCUUUUAUCAUUUUCAAUGUUCCUCAAAGAUUGGGGCAAACUGUUCCAUAAUUAUGGCGCUAUCGCUUCAAAAGAUAGCUUCAGUCACAGCUAAUGUAGUAUUUGGCAAUGCUGACUUACCAACUGGCCACACAUUUUUACUUGGUUACUUACAAUUAAACAUGAAGAAUAUUUUCUUAUAUUCUCACAUGAGUCUUGUGGAAUUUUUUUUCAAAUAGUUUAGAAAACUAGAAAGGAUAUAAAACUAUAAAUAGAAAACAGAAAACUUUUUCUUAAGCCUUACAAUAUUUUAGUUUUAGCUGCUACUCUAUUUAGUAUGGUUAGAUGAUAUCCAUUCAUCUAGUACUUAAUCCUUCCAUCAACUCCUAACAUAAAUAUGUCAAUUUCAAUCAGAUAUUGGAUGAUGCUGUUAUUCACAUCAACAGCUGUAUGGACAACAAAGGCUCAAGGAUUCGAAGUUGGACUCUUUUAGAAACUGAUUUCUCAUUUGUACGUGAUGAAAUUGGUAAGAAAGUAGGCCUCCCCAUACUAAUGCUCGCAAUCUUACCCAGAAAAUAGUGUUUUUAAAUUCAAUCACCCUUUAUAAAGCUAUGUUUCCUCAAAUGUAUCUGUCGAGUGCUUGUACUUCUGUUCAAUGUAUCUGUCGAGUGCUUGUACUUCUGUUCAAUGUAUCUGUCGAGUGCUUGUACUUCUGUUCAAUGUAUCUGUCGAGUGCUUGUACUUCUGUUCAAAUGAAAUUGAUUCUAUUUUCUUUAAAAUACAUGAUGGGGGCACAACCAUGUUAACAUUGGUAUUCAAAAUUUAGAUAUUGUCAUAAUGAUUAUUUCCUGUAAUAUUUCUAUUUUAUUCAAUGUACAUUUAUUAUUAAUACCGCCAUAUUUGAAUUUGAUGUUUUUAAAAUUUGCUAAUAUGGAAAACAUUUCCAAUGAAAAUUAUAUGGUUCUAGCAAUUAAUAAAACUUACAAUUCUAUAUAAUAUUUUAGACAAAUAAUUAUAUAUUAUUCCAGACCUAAAGCUACACUAUAUAAGUAUGAUAAAACAACCCCUAAUAACAUGGGCGCCUGCAGAAAACUUUCUAAGGGGGGGCAAAAAAAAUCGAUUAACUUUCCAGGGGGGGGGGGGGGGGGAAAAAAAUUUUUAGUAAUGUUUUAAUAGAGUUUUAAUUUACUGUAGCGUAUUUGUAUGGUGAACGAACGGACAGGACAUCAGCUUAGUUACUUUCUCUUUAUUUUCUCUUUUUUUUAAUAAAUUUUUUUUCUAUUUUUGUCUAAAAAAAUUUUAUCCAAUCAAUCUGGGGGGGGCAAGUGCCCCUACCUGCGGGCGCCCAUGUCUAAUAACAAAGUUUUUGGUGUAAAUCCUUCAUAUUCUUUUUUAUCAUUUUAUUUUAUAUUAAUAUUCUAACGACCCACCCGCUUUUACACCACAGAUUUAUUACAGCAAGUAUUUCGCAUUUAAAAAAAUAAACUAUUAUGCUCCAAACACACUUGAAAUAUUUUUUUUAAGGUGCUCAUUUAGCGCAGUUAUCGGGUAUUUGAUUUCGUCAAAUCAGUGUCAUCAUAUUUCCUUUAUCUUCACAAAAUAGUUUGUGGGGUUAGGGUUGAGGGGAGGGUCUGAAAAUUUGAUAAAAUGGGUUGUCCUCGGCAACAAGUCUAUGUGCCAAGUUUCAGUUUGAUAGGUUGACGAGAAUUGGAUCAAGUAGCUGUCCAAAGUUUUUGUCAAACACCCAGCCAGAAAGAAACACACAACAAAAGAAAAGUAAAUAUAAAAGAUUUAAAAAUAAUCUUAUAUCACGAUCAUGGGGGCCCAUGAUCACCUUGUAGUGUUGAUUUCAAUAGCGCACAAUGUAAAAAUUCCCUGUUACUGCACCAUAUAGGGAACAAAUUUGUGUUCCAGAAAAAAUUCCUAAAUCUAUUUGGGAUUCUUAAAAACACUGAUAGUAAUUUUGAUUUUAUGGAAAUGUAAUCAAUUGUUAUUAUUAUAAAUUAUGGAAUACAUUUGAUUUAAUAAAUAAAGAAUUGUUGAAAGUAUUUUAUCUGAAUGAGAGUUGAGAUAUUGUUAUUGUAUCAAAUGAGAUUGACAUUCUUUUUAUUAACAACCAGUGACCAUCUAUGUCUUUCCAUUUUGAAUUUUUAGGCACAUUUGAUCAUCGAUCUAUUUAUUACUAUUUUAAUUUGUACCCAUAUUUAUCAGAAAACCAUGAAAAUCAGACAUUUUUUUUAACUCAUUUUAAAAAUAGUGAAAUUAAAUGAAAAGGUGUGUUAAUGGCUCAAUUAAUUCCAAAAAAAUAAAAUUCAAAUUUUUGCUUGAACUCAUUGAACCAAAAUUAAGAAUAAUCUUAUUACAACUAAAUAAAAUGUUCUUAUUAUUGUUUUAACAUGAUUAAAAUUUAAUCUUUGCACUGUGACUAUUUAAUAAGCUUGUGGGGCUAUAUUAUAUAGAAGAUAACCAUUUCUCAAAAUCCAGCGAUGUUAGAAAUGUGAACUUCUAUACAUAGGUACUUGUUUAAAAAUAAGGAAAGUCUUGAGUUAUCAUUUGCUAAAUUUACAUUUCAAUGGCAUGGACGAUUUCCAUAUUUAUUUUGAGGAUUCAAUUCAUGAAAAUGCAGUUGCAUACAAAUAAUGGAUUUUUAGAUGUUCAGACUUUGCAAUAGCAUUGAUAAAGUAGCUCAAAAAGCCUUCAAUUAUAACCCUGGUCAUAUCUUCUAGUUCUUUUUAUAUUCCACAACUAAAGUUCCAUGUAUUGUUUCAGAUCCUGUCACUAAACUGCUGAAUCGAGAAAUUAUUGUUGAAAGAUAUCAAAAUAUCAUCAAUAAACUUUACAUCACCCCAGUGCUGCUUUAGUUCAUAGACAAAUCAACAUCACCACAGAUCAACAUCACCACAGAUCA